GAGAGAGAGAGACAGCUUUAACGGGAGCUACGAGACAGUCACCCUCCUGUGCGUCCAAUAUGGGCUGGGAUUUGUUCUGCAUGCUGUUCCUUCUCACCUAUCAGGCACACACAGGGGAUGCAUCUCCCUCAAUCGUUGAUUUCCAGGACGUCAGAACGAUUGCCGCCGGUCAGCCCUUUCACUUCAUAUGCAAAGAUUCCAGCAUGGUGAGCUGGACCUACCAUAGGCUUGGAAGGAAACCAAAAUCUUUGGUUACCCAGUCGUUUAAUGGGAGUAACACUGAUCGUGUAUAUUAUAACCGGAAAGCUGAGUCCAGACACACCGGAAGAUACACAUGCACCAAUACGGUGACCCAGGAGAGCGUCUCCUUCUAUUUGUUUGUGAAAGACCCAACCAACCCAUUUUCUGAAACCCCUAAUUAUUUUGAUGCACCUGAAGGGAGCGAUACUGGAGGGAUUUGUCCUCUUGCUGAUCCGGAUGCUGUGGAUUUUGGAAUAAAAACCUGUGAUAAUUCUCCACUACCAAAAGAUUUCACCUAUACUGCAGACGCUGAGAUCGGAAUCACCAUUAAAAAUGUACAGAUGCAUUUCAAAGGCUGCUACGUAUGCACUGCCACGCAAAACGGCUUUGUGAGGACAUCUCCCAGAUUUAUACUGCAUGUAAAACCAGCUCACAAAACCUUACCCACGGUAUACCUGACAAAAUCCAGGCAACUCGUCAAGAUUGGAGAAGCCUUUGAGGUCACUUGUGUUGUGAAGGAUGUUUUCAGUACUGUGGAAGCUAGUUGGCUUGACCAACGGAAUAUGAACGUCAUGCAAAACAGUCGCUAUCUUUCUCCAAACAACUACGUGCGAAAUUUAACUCUGAAGAGCAAUGCCGUCCAGUUUAAUGAGUCGGGGACAUUUACCUGCCAAGCGAAGAACAGCAUUGGUCAAGUGAACGUCACCUUCACUUUAGAAGUUAUAGACACGGGGUACAUCAGCCUGACUAUCGCAGAUAACACCACUAUAGAUGUCAAUGCAGGAGACAACCUUGUCUUAAAAGUUUUCAUCGACGCGUACCCCAGACCAGAUGAAGAAGUAUGGACUUUCAUGAAUGAAACAUUAUUAAACACGUCGGACCAUUUUGUGCAGUCACAUGAGGACGGCUUCAACAGGUACGUCAGUGAGCUACAUUUAAUUCGCCUGAAAGGAACUGAGAAAGGCGAUUACACGUUUUACGUCUCCAAUUCUGAUGCCAACACUUCUGUCACCUUCAGUAUUUUCGUAAAAACGAGGCCGGAAAUCGUGUCAGCGGUGAGAAUCAGUGAUGGGCUCCUGCAGUGUGUGGCGGCAGGAUUCCCCAUUCCCUCCAUUGACUGGUAUUUUUGUCCUGGAAGCGAGCAAAGGUGCCAAGACUCUGCAGUGAUUUCACCAGUGGAUAUUAAGAUCAGCCAGGAAAACUCAUCACUUGGACGCAUGGUGGUAGAAAGUACCAUUGACGUGGGUUCUAUUAAGAAGAACGGCACAGUGCAGUGCAUCGCCUACAAUGAGGUUCAUAGCAGCUCAUCGGUUUUUAGCCUGGCUAUUCAAGAAAAUAUUAGCACCCACACCCUGUUCACUCCUCUGCUGAUUGGCUUUAUUGUGGCCGCGGUACUGAUGUGUAUUGCUGUUGUAGUCCUUAUGUACAAAUACAUGCAGAAACCAAAGUAUGAGAUACAGUGGAAAGUGGUAGAAGAAAUCAAUGGCAAUAAUUAUGUUUAUAUUGACCCAACACAGCUUCCUUACGAUAACAAGUGGGAGUUUCCCAGAGAUAGACUCUGCUUCGGUAAAAUCUUAGGUGCUGGAGCGUUUGGAAAAGUGGUCGAAGCUACGGCUUACGGUCUUUCAAAACCAGACACCACCAUGACAGUGGCCGUUAAAAUGCUGAAACCCAGUGCUCACGCAACCGAGAGAGAAGCCCUUAUGUCUGAACUGAAAGUUUUAAGUUAUCUUGGACACCACAAAAAUAUUGUGAAUCUCCUGGGAGCCUGCACUGUGGGAGGACCAACCCUUGUCAUCACUGAAUAUUGCUGUUAUGGAGAUCUUUUGAAUUUUUUGAGAAGAAAGCGGGAUUCGUUUAUUUGUCCAAAAUUUGAAGAACAUUCAGACACCGCACUUUAUAAGAACCUUCUUAAUUCAAGAGAUCACAUUUGUGAAGGAUUGAGUGAAUACAUGGACAUGAAGCCAGGAGUAUCUUACGUUGUCCCGCCUAAAAAAGACAAAAGGAGAUCAGGUUCGUAUGUUGAUCAGGAUGUCAGCAUUGCUAUGCCUGAAGAGGAUGAUUUAGCAUUGGAUACAGAGGAUCUCAUCAGCUUUUCGUAUCAAGUUGCUCAGGGCAUGAACUUCCUUGCUUCUAAAAAUUGCAUUCACAGAGACCUAGCAGCGAGAAACAUCCUCCUCACUCACGGCAGAAUUACCAAAAUCUGUGACUUUGGCCUCGCAAGAGACAUUAAGAACGACUCGAAUUAUGUGGUCAAGGGAAAUGCCCGGCUCCCUGUGAAGUGGAUGGCUCCUGAAAGCAUCUUCCAUUGUGUGUACACAUUCGAAAGUGACGUCUGGUCGUACGGAAUACUCCUCUGGGAAAUAUUUUCUCUAGGGAGCAGCCCAUAUCCCAGAAUUCCGGUGGAUUCCAAGUUCUAUAAAAUGAUAAAGGAUGGAUAUCGAAUGCUAAGUCCAGAAUGUGCACCAGCUGAAUUGUACGAAAUAAUGAAAAGUUGCUGGAAUGCAGACCCACUGAAGCGACCAACAUUUAAACAAAUUGUACAGAUGGUGGAACAGCAGCUGUCAGAUGGCAAAGGACGUUCACUCUCAAAUACUUCUCCUGUAAUUACGAAUCAAGUACCCUUGGAUCACUCAGUGCGUAUAAAUUCAAUUGGGAGCAGCACAUCUUCAACACAACCAUUACUGGUACCUGGAGACCACUGAGCCAGCAUAGUUAGGAACUCUAAAGCAGCAUGGAUUCUGUUGGCUCUGGAUGUAUGUUUCUUCAGUUGCAUCUACCUAUGAACAGUCAUGGGAAUCAGUUCUAAUGUUAAAAUAAUUCCAGUAUGUUAAAUAGGACCACAGCAUCGAUGGAAAUACAGAAGAUUACCUGUCAAGGGGGUGAAAGGUGUUUCAGAGUGAUGAUUAUCCAACCCCUCUGGCAACAGAAAACCUCACUUCUGCCACCACAUUAUGACUGGCAUGUGCAGUGGUACCUGUCUGUUACAAUGCAUUUAUUUUUCUUUCUGCUACAGAAUUUUGGACGAUGUUAAAAAAAAAAAUACUGCUUGGCAGCGUGUUCUGUUCGCUCUGUCACGGACUAAGCAUUUUAUUGCAUGAUAAACGUUUGGCCAUCAAAAUGUUCUACAAUUUCCUGUAACUGAAACAAUGUUUUAAACCCGUUAGAAAAAAAAAAAACCUUUUGAUCCUCCAAAACCACGAAGACGGGUUUAAACCGUAUCCAGUGCAAGUCUGCCGAAAGGAAAGAAAAAAACGCAUUCUCAAUUACUCUUACGGGAUUCUAAAUUCCUCGGAUAGCUGCGCUCGUAUAUGCAGAUAUGUUUAUUUAUGUCUGUCUGUCUCUACACUCAUACAUAUACGCAGAUCAAAACUUUACAACAGAAUGCAUGCUGUCUUGCGAUGAGGAUCUGUUCACCUCAUAUCCAUGUUCACUCUUAUUUUGUAUAUCAUUGUUAAUAUUUCUCAGGCACUUAAUCGUAGAGAUAGAUACAGUCAUUACGGUAUUUAUUUUAACUUAUCAGUUUAUAAAACCUUCAGCUGUAAUACUAGAGGUUUGCCAAGUCUACUGUAGGUCAUAUGUUAGUGCAGACGUAGAAGCCAACCUUAAGUCU